UGCGCAUGCGCAGUUCAGUCAUCUGACGCGCGCGCGCCCUGGACACUUCGCAGCAGCAACAUUACAGCGAGGGCCACCGUUUCUUCCCACAGAUAGCCACGCACAGCUCCAGCACCCGUUAAGCGGUGCGUUUUACGGACAGUUGCGGACACACCGAGGAAAAUUCUCCUGAAAUGUCACCGACGGCUUGAGAGCUCCGCUGGUUUCGGUCGCUCGGUGGCUCCUGGGAGAGCAGCAGCAGGAGAAGGAGGAGGAGGAGGAGGAAGAGGAGGUGGGGGGAUGCCAUGAAAAUCAGAGCAGGCGAGUGACUGAGACUGAGAGACCGCUGCUCCUCCUCGCUAAUCACGGAGACGGCGGCGGGGAUGCUGGGAGAUGGAUACGAGCGGACAGAGCCACGUUAGGUAGCGUCGACGGGGACUCGGAGGGGGCUCGACGUCUCGCGCACAACUUUGGUCGCCCGGCGGAGCUCGAGGAAGGAUGGAUUUCAGCCGGCUCCGGAGGACCAUCACCAGAUACUGUGUUGGAGAGGAGAUAUGGGUAGGGAGUCGAACAGUCUAUAUUGGACAUAAAGAACUCCCUUCAUGUGCUGAGGCUUACAUGCCUCAGCAUUAUCCUGACAACCGCAUCGUCUCCUCCAAGUACACUUUUUGGAACUUCAUUCCCAAAAAUCUUUUUGAGCAAUUCCGGAGAAUUGCCAACUUCUACUUCUUGGUGAUAUUUUUGGUCCAGCUCAUCAUUGACACCCCCACCAGCCCAGUCACCAGCGGUCUGCCCCUCUUCUUUGUCAUCACUGUCACCGCCAUAAAACAGGGCUACGAGGACUGGCUGAGACACAAAGCUGACUGCUCCAUAAACGAGUGUCCAGUGGAUGUGGUGGAGCAGGGGAAGGUGGUGAGGACGCAAAGUCACAAGCUACGGGUGGGGGACAUUGUCGUAGUAAGGGAGGAUGAAACCUUCCCCUGCGAUCUCAUCCUUCUUUCCUCAAGCCGAUACGACGGGACCUGUUAUGUCACCACCACCAGCCUGGACGGGGAGUCUAGUCACAAGACUUAUUAUGCCGUACCAGAUACCAUGGCCUUUAGAACAGAGCAGGAGGUGGAUUCACUACAUGCCACUAUUGAAUGUGAACAACCGCAGCCUGACCUCUACAAAUUUGUUGGACGAAUCGACAUUUACAAGGACAAACAGGAACCUGUGGUUAGAACACUUGGAGCGGAGAACUUGCUUCUGAGAGGAGCCACCUUAAAGAACACACAACACAUUUAUGCUGUUGCCAUCUACACUGGAAUGGAGACCAAGAUGGCUCUGAACUACCAGUCGAAAUCUCAGAAGCGUUCUGCUGUGGAAAAGUCAAUGAAUGCCUUUCUGGUUGUCUAUUUGUGCAUCUUGAUUAGUAAAGCGGUGAUCAACACUGUCCUCAAAUACGCUUGGCAGUGGUCCCCCGACAGAGACGAGCCCUGGUACAACCACAGGACUGAGAUCGAGCGUCAGCGCCAUGUGGUGAUACGAGCUUUCACGGACUUCCUGGCCUUCAUGGUUUUGUUCAACUACAUCAUUCCAGUGUCCAUGUAUGUCACGGUGGAAAUGCAGAAAUUUCUCGGCUCCUAUUUCAUUGCCUGGGAUGAAGAGAUGUUCGAUGAAGAGCUGGGGCUGGGUGCUCAGGUCAACACGUCUGACCUGAAUGAGGAGCUGGGACAGGUGGAGUAUGUUUUCACCGAUAAGACCGGCACCCUGACUGAGAACAACAUGGAGUUUAUUGAAUGCUGCGUUGAUGGAAAUGUUUACAUCCCUCAUGCAAUCUGCAACGGCCAAAUCCUCAGUGCCGCCUCCAGCAUCGACAUGAUUGAUUCAUCACCUGGAGGAUUCAGGAGAGAAUACGAGGAUCUGUUUUUCCGGGCGCUGUGUCUGUGUCACACAGUGCAGGUGAAAGAGGAGGAGACGGUGGAAAGCAUAAAGAGGGGCAUCCACCAGGGCAGGUCAACCUCCUUUUACAUUUCUUCAUCCCCCGAUGAGGUGGCUUUAGUCGAAGGAAUGAAAAGGCUUGGCUACACCUAUCUAAGACUGAAAGACAACUACAUGGAAAUCCUUAACAAAGAUGAUGAGAUCGAAAGGUUUGAGCUGCUCCAUGUGCUCAACUUUGACUCCGUCAGGAGGAGAAUGAGUGUCAUAGUUAGGUCCAGCUCAGGAGAAUACCUGCUCUUCUGCAAAGGGGCCGACUCCUCCAUUUUUCCUCGAGUUGUAUCUGGAAAGGUGGAGCAAGUGAAAGCCAGAGUGGAGCAGAAUGCUGUAGAAGGACUGCGGACUCUGUGCGUGGCGUACCGAAGGUUGUCAGAGUCCGAGUAUCUGGAAGCGAGUCACCGGCUGACCGAAGCCAAGCUGGCCCUGCAGGACAGGGAGCAGAGGCUCGCUCAGGCCUAUGACAUCAUCGAGAGGGAAUUUGUUCUCCUGGGCGCCACAGCAGUGGAGGACAGGCUCCAGGAGAAAGCCGCAGACACAAUUGAGUCCCUCCACAAGGCGGGGAUGAAAGUUUGGGUGCUCACCGGGGACAAAAUGGAGACGGCGGCGGCCACGUGUUACGCCAGCAAGCUGUUCCGGCGCAGCACGCAGGUCCUGGAGCUGACCAAGAAACGCACUAAGGAGCAGAGCCUGCACGAUGUUCUGUUUGAGCUGAACAGGACCGUACUCAGACAGCGCUCCAUAUCCGGUCUGUCGGUAGACUGCCUCGACUUUGGUCUGAUCAUCGACGGAGCCACGCUUUCAGGGAUUCUGAAGCCCAGCCCAGAGUCUGCCGGUCAUGGCAACUACAGAGAGAUCUUUCUGGAGAUCUGUCGCAACUGUAGUGCCGUGCUCUGCUGUCGCAUGGCACCACUGCAGAAAGCCCAGAUUGUGAAGCUAAUAAAAUCUUCCAAGGAGCACCCAAUAACUCUCGCCAUUGGCGAUGGGGCCAAUGACGUCAGUAUGAUUUUGGAAGCUCAUGUGGGCAUCGGCAUUAUGGGUAAAGAAGGCCGACAGGCAGCUAGAAACAGUGACUACGCCAUCCCCAAGUUCAAGCACUUGAAGAAGAUGCUACUUGUUCACGGCCACUACUACUACAUCAGAAUUGCUGAGUUGGUUCAGUACUUCUUCUACAAGAAUGUUUGCUUCAUCUUUCCUCAGUUCCUUUACCAGUUCUUCUGUGGGUUCUCACAGCAGCCUCUCUAUGACACCGCCUAUCUAACACUGUACAACAUCAGCUUCACCUCACUCCCCAUCCUGCUGUACAGCCUGGUGGAGCAGCACGUCACUAUGGAAACACUAAAGAGGGAGCCCUCCUUGUACAGGGACAUUGCAAAGAACGCUCUCCUCCGCUGGCCUGCCUUCCUCUAUUGGACGUGCCUGGGUGUGUUCGACGCCGUCAUCUUCUUCUUUGGUGCCUACUUCCUCUUUGACAACACCACCUUCACCAGCAACGGCCAGCUUAUGACCACCAACACACAGAUGAUGUUUGGGAACUGGACAUUUGGCACUCUUGUUUUUACUGUACUCGUCUUCACUGUUACACUCAAGCUUGCCUUGGACACACACCACUGGACGUGGAUCAAUCACUUUGUCAUCUGGGGCUCCUUACUGUUUUAUGUGAUUUUCUCUCUGCUCUGGGGUGGCAUCAUUUGGCCCUUCCUGAACUAUCAGAGGAUGUACUACGUCUUUAUGCAGAUGCUUUCCAGCGGGCCGGCAUGGCUCAGCAUCAUCCUCCUCAUUACAGUCAGCUUGCUGCCAGAUGUCAUCAAAAAGGUCCUCUGCAGAGCCGUCUGUCCCACAGCCAGUGAACAUGCACAGAAACAUGACAAGCUGUCGCCCCAUCGCGUGGCCGAGUGGUCUCCGCUGUCUUUUGGGCGUUCCUGCAAAGGCCCGAGCACGGAAUCCUCUCACCUCAACCUCGGAGCCGCAGAGAGGCUGCCCGUCCGCAGGUCCGACCGCCUCCCCCACAAACUCCUGGCUCAUUUGGCCGACGGGGCAGCGGCGGACCUGUGCUCUCUCAGCUCGUACGUGCUGCGCCUCUCGGGGGCGGGGUUCGCCUACUACGCUCCCGGACCGGAGACCUCUGUGUAGAGAAACAAACGUCUGGAAACUUUGGGAAUCUCUUGAACUUGUGGAGAAGAUGAAGAAAAAAAUCCUGAGGAUUUGUAGAUCCAAACUUUCAUCACGCUCAGUUCACCAUGUGCUUUUUCUGAGCUACACCUCCUUAUUUUCAUACUUUCGUGGUUCAUCGUCUUCAAACUCCACUCAGACUUCUUUUUGUAAAGUGGAACCAUCAUUAUAUGGAACUGUCUUUCAUCUUUUGCCUGUUUUUUGUCCCCUUCUUUGUAAAUAUCAGUUACAUCUCAUGUUCUGGCCAAGUAAGGGGGAAGCCGUCACGCUCAGCCCUUUAUGUAUGUAUGCGUGCGUGUGCAUGUGCGCAAGAGUAUGCAUGAUUUUUUGCCUGUUCUCGUACGUUUGUAUCGGAUACACUUCUGCCUUACCGGGGACGCAGCAGCAGCAGGCUGGGAGCCAAAGGAGAAUAGUUUUCUUUUUCAAAAAGCGAAGCUGGUUUAUUACGAAGCCUUACACAUACGCAUCAGCUGAGGGGAGGAGUCAGAAAGAAAGGGACGCAGCAUUUUUAGCCACCUGCCUUAAUUCAUAGAAACCGCUCCAGCACCUUUCUAUCAUUUCUCACACUUUGUCACGUCUCUUGCCUUCAUGCUGGACCAUUAUCCCUCUUGUGGAACCGCAAGCGCACCGUGCUCUCUCCUGCCACCAUGUGGCCAUAUAGGGACGAGACUGAAAAUGUUUCUUUUGUUUAUUUGCCGCCAUGCCAUCCAUGUGUCAUACACGCCGCAGUAAUAACGUUCUGUAGGGGUUGUCUCCACACAUGGGUUCUUUUGUAUUGAAUUUAUUGAUGUCAGUCACUGUUUAUGUAUAACUUAAGAAGUUUUCUAUAUUUCAGUAAGAGAUGGUAUAAAACUGCAGAUUGUCGUUGGGAGACGAAAGACUUGAAUCGGCGACGUCACAAUCAAAUUAAGAAUGUCGAACUGACUUGUCCAUCAUGUCCUCCAGCUGAUGAUUGUAGCUCAUCAUGGAUCAAUAUCUUUUCUGCAUUUUUAAACAGAGCUUAUAUCGUGUUUUUUUUUUUUUUUUUUUAUAACAGACCUUUCUGGUCGCAGAGAAAACGACUAACCCUAGAGGUCCUGAAUGUUGAGAGCAUUUUUCUACGUUUUAUUUUCACACACAUUGCCAUCUCUACCAGCUUGUAUAGAUUUAAGAACAAGUUUUCAAUAUUUUUCUACGGGGUUGAAAAAGUCUAAAUUUUAGUAACACCUCCCCCAAUCUAAGCCUCUAUGGCUUGACAUCCUGACCUCAAAGGAGAUGGUGCUUGAAUUACAGACAUCACCGUGUUGGUGAAAUACUGCGUUUUCAGUAUUCAGCGUGUGGUAUUUGCAUCAUCCGGUGGGGAAAUUGUUCAUCAUUCUCCUCGUAUGUUUUAACUCUGUUAGAAUGUUUGCUCAAGUUUGUAACCAAAAUGAGAACGAUAAUAUGUGAUUAGUAGACUCACUAUAUAGAUCACACUGCACUUUGUUUUUCAGCAGCCUAGAGAGCAGAAAGUUUAUCAUUUACUUUUCCUCACCAGUUAUUUUUCUAAGAAGAUUGUGGGUGGGAAAUAAGGAAAAAAAAGACCAAAUAACUUGACUAGGAAUGAAGUGAGUAGGUGUCGGCCUCUGUCAGUGGGUUUGUUGCACCAGCUUUCAUCAGAAUGUCAAACCGCUUUUUCUAACUCCAUCAGCACAACAGCAGGUGUUCAUGCGGUCACUCCUGAGCUCGGCAAAGGUCUGAAACGUUGGCUGCUGUGCUCCGAACAGCAUGCUUCACAUCACACCUUUAGUAUUAUGGUACUGUUUGUAUUAAUAAAGAUUUCUGAGAUUUUUUUUUCUUCCUCUUUUUGGAUAAAUUUUCAAAGGUCCACAUGUUGACUUUUUGCCAGCCUGUCUGUAGCAAACGAGGGCAAAGCACUGUAUUGUCAUUCUGCCUGUAAUAAAGAGAGUGGAGACUA